GGACCAAAGUUGAAAGCUGGGCUGGGCGGCUACGCGGGCCGGCUGGGCUAGUUGGUGUGGGGAGUAGGUAAAGCAGCGCAAAAUAGUCCUAAGCUCGCCACAUAAAAAAAAGAAAAAGUUUUGUAGUAUACAAAACAGUGUUAUUUCUUAAUUGGGCUUCUUUACAACUUUCCGGGGCUUUUUUUCUGACGCACAGCUUAUCGGGUGAUAGCCAAAACGUUGGUGGCAACUCUGUGUUGUCCAUGUGCUUGCUCAGUUCACGCAGUUCACGCAUGGUUCACGCUCAGUUCAACCGGUUCAACUAGUGCAACUACAGUGUAGUUCAACCCACGACCAACUCUAUUCAACCGUUCAGCGGUUAACGUUCAGCGGGUUCAACCGUUCAACGGUUCAAAGUUCAACCAUCUGGUUCAACUUUGGCUCAGUUGCUCCGUUUUGUUGGUGGUUGGUGUGUGGUUGUGUUACCGCGUCCAUGCGCGUCCGUGUGCCUGGCUCGCUCCAGCGCUUCCCGUGGCGGCUUUCUUGUGAAGCGUGAGAGGAGUUGGAGACCGCCAGCUAGGUACUGCGUGGAAGCUGUUCGCAAUGUCCACAGCGGAAGGCACGGCUGGAGCGGACGCCUCCGACGAUCAUGACCCAUACUCGUACACGAAGAGGGACGAGUUCACUUCGGAGCUGCACAAGAUCGAGAUCGGAAACCUGCCGAAAAUGUUCGGACACGGGCAACUCAAGAAACUGCUGGCAAACAAACUCAAGCUCAACCCCCACAAGAUCAAGAUUGUGGGCAACAAGUUUGCCUUUGUUUCAUUCAGGUCUGAGGAGGAGAGGGAGAAGGCCUUGGAAACUGUGCAGGGCUUUGUUUUUAAGGGGUGCACGCUGUCAGCCAAGAAAGCUAACCCUAUGGCAGACCCACUUGUGCAGAAGCGGAAGCUGGGAGAGGACGAACUGUCGGUGCCCGACAAGAGGCACUGUGAGGGCAGCAUUGACGACAGGAUCAAGGAGUCCGUGGCCGCUUGGUGGGACACUCCCUAUGAGCAGCAGCUGCAGCAGAAGCAGGACCUGGUGAGGAAAGUGCUGGUCAAGUAUGCCCGCAAGCUGGAGGCCACCAACCCGGCCCUCAGGCCCUGGCUCAAGCAGCAGAGGGAGGCCCAUGGGGGCUGCUGCCCCGUGCUCCCCAUCCGAGCGUCCCCUGUGACGGAGGGCUACCGCAAUAAGAACGAGUUCUCGGUGGGGCGCCACCUGGCCACGGGCGAGGCCACGGUUGGCUUCCGGCUGAGCAGCUACCGUCAAGGCUCCAUGAGUGUGGCGCCGCCCGACGCCCUGCCCAACGUGCCUGCCUCCGCCAAGGCAGUCACACGGUGCUUUCAGGAGUAUGUGCGUCAGUCUGGGAAGGAGCCCUUUGACCCUGAGAGCCACGGGGGCUACUGGCGCCAGCUGACGGUGCGCACCAGCUGCAAGGGACACGUCAUGGCCAUCGUGGUGAUCCACCCCCAGGGCCUCACCGAGGUGACACCACGGGAGGAGAUCACGGAGGAGAAGCGGAAGCUGAGGGAGUUCUUUGAGUCGGGCCCCGGCCAGGUGUGCGGAGUGACCUCCUUGUACCUGCAGCGCUUUGACAAGAAGCGGCCGGAAGGGGAGCAAGCCGAGUUUGAGCACCUCUUUGGCACUACGGAGCUGGAGGAGCGCGUGCGUGGCCUGUCCUUCCGGGUGGGGCCAGACGCCUUCUUCCAGGUGAAUACCCCGGCCGCAGAGGUGCUCCUGGAGGUGGCCGAGGACCUGGCCGGCCUGGGGCCCCGCACCACCCUGCUGGACGUCUGCUGUGGCACGGGCACCAUCGGGCUCUGCAUGGCUGCGAAAGUGGCCAGGGUCUACGGAGUGGAGGUGUGCAAGCGGGCCGUGGAGAACGCCAAGCGGAAUGCAGAGGCCAACGGCAUCGGCAAUGCGAGCUUUGUGCUGGGCCGGGCAGAGGACACCAUGCAUGACGUGAUGCACACCCUGAGGGACAGCGAGGACAUGGUGGCCGUCGUGGACCCGCCCAGGCAGGGGCUGCACAACAAGGUGCUGCGGGCACUCAGAGCCACGGCCAGCAUCAAGAGGCUCGUGUACAUAUCCUGCAACCCAGAGGGGGCCCUGCAGAACUUUCUCGACCUGGCCAGGCCCGCAUCCAACAACUACCGGGGGCAGCCGUUCGUGGUGGUCAAGGCGGCGCCCGUCGACAUGUUCCCGCACACCCCGCACUGCGAGUUGGUGCUGCUGCUGGAGCGCCUCGAGUCCUAAUAAAGGAGGAAGGCCGUGGGCUCCUUCAAACUGGCAACAGUCCAUUUCGGGGAGUGCCAAAGGAGGGCCUUAGGAAAGGCCCCCGGGGAAGCGGUCUUGCAGAAAAGGGUCCCGAAAAUAAAAUACUUUCAGCUGUAUUUCGGUCUAUCAAU